AUUUUCAGGGUCUCAGCGUUUGCCGUGUGCUCAGGCAGAUUCAGGUUAAGGACACGAAGGCGGAGCAGGUGCUGUGUCUCAGUACUUAUUAACAGAAGGUGCUGCAGUCCAAACUCAACAAACUCAGCCACAGCAGUAAGGCAGCUACAUGAACAGAGAAUCCUCCCAGAGGUCUGGCAGGACGAAGAAUAACUCCAAACGUGGUGGUUCAAACAGGCAAGCAGAAACACGACGAGAGGCGACCAGCGGAGCAGCAAGGACCGAACAGGAAAGACAUUUAAAGACUGGCUAACGGGGAGGGUGGGAGAACAAACAGAACAAACGAAGGCCAGACCUCUCUUGAGGCCUAGCCGGAGGGCGGCGACAAAGGCACAGACCCACAGGAAGCCACGCAGGAGGCUGAUGGAUAUGGCGCGACCUCUCCAGAGGUCGUUGGCGAGGGCGAAGCCCCUCAGGAGGCUGGCGAUGAGGGCGGAACCCAUCAGGAGGCUGGCGAUGAGGGCGGAACCCAUCAAGAGGCUAGGAACGAGAGACAAGGCUGGGAACCGGGAACCCGGAUGCUGGCACGGAGGCAAUCAACUGUGACUGGACUCCGGGAGCCGGAUUUGGCUGAUCCGCUGACAAGGAUCUGCUAGCAGGAGUCGUUCGGUCCAACAGGUGUGAUGGGUGUCGUCUCCACAGUGGGAUCCAGAUCAGCCACUUCAGAACGCUCCAACGUUUUCUCCUCCCCCGCUCUUUGGGGCUUUUCGGGUCGUUUUCCACAAAUCCAGCACGUGUUCAGUCUCAGGCCAGUUUUCCUCUUGAGGCCACGUGCACAGAUGUUGUCUACAGCCCCAGGGGCUGAUGGGAAGUCAUUAGUUCUGCAGGUGUUUGGUCAGCGUUCAAGAUGACUUUUGCUGACUUGAUAGUCAAAUGUGAGCUGCAGGGGGAUAAAACACUGCGGUCAGGUCGGACGCGGCUUCCUGUAUAGUGCACGAGUUCAGGACGAUGGCUGAUCUUGUGGCUGAGUCAUGAGACUGAAAAGCUUGAGGUUUUAAAGUCAUGUGAGGUUUUGCAGCACCAGUGAAAGACGUUCUAACCAGCAUGCAGUCAGAGUUGUGAAGUCAAACGCACACAUUAACAUGUGGACCUGAUGGCGGCGCUGGAAAGUCAGAGGACCACCACAGCUCUAACAGUUCAUCCUGCGGGGAACAUGAAGGUCUGACAUCUCAUCACAGACUGAAGCUAAAUACAUCAAACUCAGGUGUGAGAAAUACUGGACCAGAUCUUUACAGGGACAGGUAAUGCUGAUAGGAGGCUGAUAGGAGGACGCCACAGGGCCCCCCUCCCCCCUCCAUAACGCCGCUCCUUCAUCAUUGUUCAGCUGUGAGUGAGUCUGAAGCUCAGGCUGAGGGGAGAGAGUUUUGGUCUGCGGAUGAGAAGAGCAGAAAUAGAUCUGCGGAUGAAACAGGAAGUAGAAAGACUAAAGCCCCCCCCCCCCUUUUUCUCUACACUUCCUGUCUCUGUGAUAAGUGAGUGAGACAGAAGAAGAAGUGAGAGAGGCAGUUUCAGCUUCUCUCUGCUGCAUUUCAUGGAGAUCAGCAACUUCGCAACAUCAAGCUGUGAAUUCCAGCAAGGUCAUGUGACGCGGCGCCCUGCGGCUGCUGAACCGCCUCUCUGCUGUCCCGUGAAGAAGAACCCAGACAAAGAUGGAGGCUGGACACUGCUCUCCAUCUUUGUUUGGGAAUCAAACGUCUCUUCAGCGCCCAGCACAGGGAAUGUGUUACCGACAGGAUGCUACCAGCUGUGGCCUCCAGCCCUGCCGCCUAAAAAACGCCUGUCCUCAUCAGGCUCCGCCUCCUGCAGGGUCGCCGUAGUAGCACCAAUGAGACGAGAGCCUGAAGUAGACAGGCAAGAGGUGGAACCGGUACAACAGGAGGACGACUGUCUGAAGCGUCUCUCUUCAUCGUCUGCAGACUCUGCUGCUGAGAACACACACUGUGAGGAGGAUCCAGACUACGACUUCCUCCACACUGACCUGUCCUCCUCUGAGACUCUCCCUCCUCUUCCUCACCCCUCCUCACUCCCCCCCGCGCUGCCAGAGAAGAGACGUCGCAGCACUGCAGGAACCAUGAACCCUCAGGCCCCUUCGUUUGGAUUUGACUCCGCCCCUCAGGAACAGAGCCCCGCCCCCUGUGAUGAUGUCACUGGUCCUGAUGCGUUGCUGUCCCCUAUGUCCCCCAGCAAGACGCCCCCUCCCCUCCCUGAGAAGAAGCGACACAUCCACGAGUACCUCCAGUUCUGUUCGUCCUACAGCGCUCAGUCAGCAGCCAGCUUCUACCAGCGACCUUUGACCUCCAGUCAGCGAUACAGUAACAGGCAGCGAGAGGUGGAGACUGCUUACCAGCUCACACACCUGGAAACACACCUGGAAACGCACCUGGACACAAACACUCAAGACUCCGCCCCCUCACCUGAGCUGCUUCCUGCUCCAGUUCUACCACCAAAGAAGAGACUGCAGGAUCCAGCUGAGAGCGACGAUCAGAAUGAGGAGACGCAGCGCAGAGACAGUUCUCAGGGUCUCCAGCAGGAGGCGGAGCCCGGCAGGAGGAGCAGGGAGCAGCAGGAUGAGCAGCAGGAGCAGGAGGAGGUGUUACUGACCAACCACAAGGAGAUCCUCCACAGAAUCACAAUGAAACCUGAGGAGGAGGAGGGGCCGGAUGUGAAGGCAGCCUCACCUGACAUCCUAUUGGUCUACGCCACAGAGACGGACAAGAGCCCCGAACAGGGCCUGUACCGUGAAGCCUUCCUCUGCACCUACAGGAGCUUCAUCAGCCCAAACGAUGUCAUCAGCAAACUCCAGCACAGGUACAGACACCUGUGUGAAGGACGGGAGCCUGCAGACCUGACCGCCGCCAAGAAGACUUUUCACCUGCUGGUCAGAGUGGUGGACGAGCUGUGUGCGAUAGAGCUGGACUCUGAUUUGCUGCUGCUGCUGAUGGACCUGGUGUUCAGCCUCCUGAUUGGUGGAGAGCUGGGUCUGGCCCACCUGUUGCGCUCCAACAUCCUGUCCAAGAUGGAGCAGAGGUGGCAGCUGAUUGGCUCUCCUCAGUCACUCCGCCCCCUCGCAGCCAGGGGCGUGGCCGCCAGACCAGGAACUCUUCUGGACUUCAGGAGUCAGGAUUUAGCUGAACAGCUGACUCUGCUGGACUCGGAGCUCUUCUGCAAGAUCGAGCUCCCGGAGGUGUUGCUGUGGUCUAAAGAGCAGAAUGAGGAGAAGAGUCCUAACCUGACACAGUUCACCCAACACUUCAACAACGUCUCCUUCUGGGUGCGUUCGGUGAUCAUUCUUCAGGACAAACCUCAGGACAGAGAGAAACUACUGCUGAAGUUCCUGAAAACCAUGAAGCACCUGCGGAAGCUGAACAACUUUAACUCGUACCUGUCCAUCCUGUCAGCGCUGGACUCCGCCCCCUUACGACGUCUGGACUGGCAGAGAAACACAUCUGAGGCUCUGGAGGAAUACAGCUCUUUGAUUGACAGCUCAUCAUCUUUCAGAGCCUACAGAGCAGCUCUGGCUGAAGUGGAACCUCCCUGUAUACCCUACCUGGGUUUGAUCCUUCAGGACUUGACCUUUGUCCACCUGGGGAAUCCCGACAUGGUGAUGACAUCACAGGGUUCAAACGUCAACUUCUCUAAACGGUGGCAGCAGUUUAACAUCCUGGACACUCUGAGGGGCUACCAACAAGUUCGUUACUCUCUGCAGCCUAAUGAUGACAUCAUAUCGUUCUUUAAUGACUUCAGUGAUCACCUGGCAGAGGAAGCAUUGUGGGAACUUUCUCUUAGGCUACGCCCACGAAAUGCCCCAAGAGCCAAUCAGAGAUGACAGACGAAAACAAGACAAUAACUGAGUUAACCUGUGCUAGCUUAAUGCUAACAUGUUGAUGAUGAAGAAUGAGGUGGAUAAACCUGGUGCUAACCUGAGGUAAAGUGGUACUGAACUGGACUAGACCGGUGCUGGUCUGGUGCUAAUGAGUCACUGAAAUAAAGCUGUUGGCAUACUGGGCUAAUCAUGGCUAAUAGUGUGCUAACAUGUGCUAAACUGGGCUGUUCCUGCAAUAAGCUGCAACAACCUGAACAUUUUGUGGAAACACAGGUUAGUUGGGUGUUAGCUGAGGUUGGAGCUAGCCUAGUAGCCAGGGGCCGGUUGCACAAAAAACUUUAAGAUAAGAUUUUCCUUAAAGUCUGAGUUAAGGUUUCCUUAAAAUACAUUUGGUUGCACAAAACACCCUUAUAGCUUCCCCUUAAAGUUUCCUUAAAAUGUUCACUUAAGUAUUUGAGGUUUUCUCCUUAUCUUGGUCUUAUACUUAGGGAAUCCCUUAAGUGUGUUAAACCGUUACAACUAAGGAAAAUAUUUUAAGGUACCUCUGGCUUUAUCUUAACCGCAACACGGUUGAGUUUAUGGCCAUAAAUGAAGAAAAUUUACAUAUCAUGAGAAGAGUUCCGCGACCGGGAGAAUCCAAUGGAUACGCUAAACGAUGAGCAAAAUCAAGAAGGCUGUCAAAUUCAUCAUUAGCUAGUAAUACAGUCUAGUUUAGAUCUAUAGCGUAAAUAAAGUUAUUCUCAGCAGUUUUAUUGGGUUCACUUUCAUUAUUGGUGAUCUCUGACUUGUCAAACUUAUUUUGGAUCUCUUGGAUGAAGCUCUUCACAAGACUUGAAGACUUGAAUUUUUUAAGCGAUAUCCUCCCACAUUUGUUGUUUUCUGUUUGCUGUUAUUUGCAGAUCAAAUUUACUUUUUUAUAUGUGCUUUCUUUUUUGACAUUCCUCCAGCAGUACGACAUUUUCCUCCUUCGACCUAUUUGGUUUUCUUGUCUUCUUUUCUUUCCAACUUUGUAACAGUUUAAGUGCUGGUGCAAGCAAACACGGUGACAUUAGAAUUUUACUACUGUAAAUUCUCCAUCAGUGCAGCAAACACCUUAAUGCUUUCCUUAACUAAGGAAACGCUUAAAGGGAUUCUGUGCAGCACGCUAAGUAGUUUCCUUAGCUAAGGAGAAAUUAAGACUUAAGUAUCACACUUAAGAAAAAAAACUUAAGUUUUUUUGUGCAACCAGCCCCAGGUGUUAACACGCCUCUGACCUGUAGUCCCAGUGGGCGUGGCCUCCUUCUGUAUCUGACGUCAGAACUGUAUGUGUAUUCAGAGCAAUAUCACAAUAAACAUCACUUCUCACCUGUCUUUUAACUCACCUCCUUUCUUCUGAUUGUUUGAGGGAGAAAACGUUAUCAGUGAUAGUCUAUUUAAAUAACUGUUGUUGUUUUUUAAAUGGUAAAAACUCUCGUGUUGUGGUUGCUCUGAUCCAAAGACGUGUAGGUUAAAAACUAGAGACUAAAUAUUGUGAACGAGUGUUUACACAAUGAGCCAUUUUCAGGAUGAUUGAAUAAAACAUUGAACUAUUAA